AUGAAGAAGGGAAAGCUCGUCGGGAAGCGGAGGCGACGAGGGAAGGGAACCGGGUUCCGACCAGCCUCUGCAGCGACCAGACGGAACAGCGGCUUCGGCGGAGCUAGACGGACGAACGGCCGGAGGGUAAAUUUCGUCGGAGCCGCUGCGAACUUUGGGUUGAAAUCAAGUGUUAAAAUCGAUUUUCGCACUAACACAAGGAAGAUGAUCGAAAAGACUCUCAAUAAGCAGCAAAAGGUCUGUGCUAUAAGAGACUUUCCAUAUGGCUGUGGUACUCAGUGUACCAAGAAGGAGGUUAUUGAGAUGCAACAUAGUUGUGUUGGUGUUACCGAUGAUCAAGAUUACUACCACAGGUGUGAAGAAGUUGAUGGGAUUAUGAAGAAAGCUGGCUUCAGUUUAGCAGCUAAUGGUAGUAACGUUGGGAAGGGAAGACUUGUUUGGGCUAAGAGGAAGCUUCCUCCAUCCUGUGGAAGUAAAGUGAAACCACUAGGAAGCAAUGAGGUUGGAUCGAGACAAAGCAGCCCGGUGUGGAGAAGUAAAAACUGA